CUCAUUAUAUUGCUUGGCGUUUUCUGGCCUGAUAUCUUCCCGCAAUUGCUCGAUCAGUUCAGUAAGUCGACGACUCGCCGGCGGCCGGCGAUCACCGGGGAGUCAUCUCCGAUCAAAUGCGAGAGAAGUCGACAGUUGGCUGACUGCAGGAGAUGUCCUCGAACGAGCAAGUCGUGGUAUCGCUCCUCUCGAACCUCGCCCUCUCGUUCGACGGCGCCGUGCUGGGCGUAGCCCUAGCGUACGCGGCCGUCCGCUCCAUCCUCAGCUUCACCUCCAACUCCUCCGCCCUCCGCAAGCUACGGGAUGCCCCAUCCGUCGGCGUCUCCGAUCUCCGCUCCGUUCUGCCCCCCGACGAUUCCUCCGGCUCCGAUGAUUCCGCGACCCAGCCGCAGCCGACUGAGGGGAGGCUCGUGAUCGUGCGUGGAACCGUGGAGCCUAAAUCGGUCAUCGACGGGAGCUGGAAGAGCUUGAAACCUAAUCUUCUGGUCACGCAGGAGACUGGCGACAAGGCCGUUGUUAUACAGAGAACUCAGACUUGUAUAUACAAUGAAUGGAAGGGACUUUUUGGGUGGACUUCUGAUCUGCGUACCAUCUUUGGAAGAUCCUCGAGGGAGCGAGAAUCCACAACAGUGAGAAGGGUUCCGUUUAUUCUCGUCGAGGGUGGUAGGUGGCCGCUGAGUGAUUAUGUGCUUGUGAACAUGGACGGUUCGAGGCAUCCUCUUCCCCUAACAACAGUGUAUCACCAAUUGCAACCUGUCAAUGCUUCUCCAUACACAUUUCUUCAGGCACUUUUUGGUCAUGAAUACCCUGUUGGGCUGCUUGAAGUAGAAAAAAUACUACCACCGGGAAAGGAUAUUAGUGCUGUUGGCCUCUGUGUUAUGAAGAGUGGAAUUCCUGAGAUUAAAUCAUGCAAGGAUCUUCCCUAUUUUCUGACUGAGAUGUCUAAAGACCAGAUGAUUGUCAAUCUUGCCUUGCGGACAAAAGUCCUAUUCUGGAGCGGUGUUGUACUUGGUUCAUUGUCGAUAGGCAUCCUCGGCUUUUCUGCGAUGAGGAAUUGGAACAGAUGGAAGGAAUGGAGGAGACGGAGACGAGACCAGGAAGAGGCCCAGAGAGCUGCAGCUGCCGAAGAUGCCGAUGCUCUGGCCGCUUCUGAGGAUGAUGAGUCUGCAAAUGUUCCAGAUGGGCAGUUGUGCGUGAUCUGCCUCAUGAGGAGGCGAAGAUCUGCCUUCAUCCCAUGUGGCCACCUUGUCUGCUGUCAGAGCUGCGCCUCGUCAGUCGGGCGGGAUGACAGUCCCAAGUGCCCCGUCUGUAGGCAGUCCAUACGUGGCUCGGUGCGCAUCUAUGAUUCUUGAAGAGGAUCGGGUAUUUUAUCGCUGUAUGGGAUUCCGCACAUGCAGAGCACUAUCGGAACUGCCAUCUUAGUCAGAGGACAUAGGGUUGAUGUGAAAAACUUUGGAAAUUUAUUUUGUCUACUUUAGGAAAGAUCGGGUUCAUGUGAAUAUAUACUCUCGUCAGGAAUGUCGAACUUUCCUUCUCGUAUGUAUAGGCCAUCUUGACUAAUAAUUAUACUAACGAUAUUAAGCUCGAGCGAGAAUUUUGCGA